AGAGCCCGCGACAUAGUGGUCCCGGUAGUAAACAGACAUGAUUAAUAUCUCUUCAACCGGUGGCUUCCGCGCGACCGGCUCCGUUACUUAGUAGUCUACGCUACACAGUGGGGUUAUUGAGUAAAAUGAUAUGCGUGGUCACAGGGUGUAAAAAUAGUCGUCAGCUCUUACAUCAGUGGGCUGUGUGUAUUAUUGGGUACUCGUCCUGUCCACGUAACAACAACCUACUGGGUGUUCUUCACCCACACGGUGACCUGUACAGGACAGUAGCCUAGGCGAUAGCCGUAGCAUAGCAUUUUACUAUACUUUUCAAUGUAGGAAUAAUGAACAGCCUACAUAAAUUUGGAUAAUAAAUCCAGAUAGCAUCAGUAGAGUUCCGCCGCAUAAUGACCGAUUGUUGACCUUGGCACGGCGCGGUGACAUGGAAGGGACAUAUACGCACAUCGCUGCAUGGGCUGGAAGUGCUGCUGGUUCAGCGUUGAGAGACACGGACACCGCCGGGGAAAUCGCCGGCUUCGGAUAAUUAUGUUGCUGCUGCAACUACAACCGAAGGCACCGGUCAACCGAAGGCUGUCGUCAGUUUGUGUUUGUUUGUCUCUGCACGUUGAGAAAUGUGGAAUGCUGCGUUUGGAAAUGGGUCAGAUUUGCGUAGUGGAGGAGGAGGCGGCGGCUGCGGCGGCGGGUACGUGCCAGCGCAGGACUGGGAAUUCGUUCCCUGCUCGCGUCUGGAAAGAGAAAGCGAGAGGGGCAGAGGGAAGAGUCGCAGCCCGUUCAGGACGUUCUCCUCCCCGUCAACAGUCACUCAGUUCUACGAACAGUCUCAUCCUGGAUCGCUUGGAACGUCACUGGAGCUUCCUCGGGGACAAGUUCGGGCGCAAGAGCCAGGGACUCAUCACUCCCGCCUGAGAAAGAAGUUUGAACACUUAAAGAAACGCCACGGACAGGACAAGGAAGAAUGGAUACGAGAGAAGGAGAUACUUUUAAGACAAGUUGCUGAGAUACAAGGUGGGGAGAACAGAAGGAUUUUGUUGGAUCUGAAGACUGUAGUGGAGGAGGUGCAGCUCGAGGUGAAGAGAGAGGAGUCGAAGAGGAGCGAGCUACAGCUGCAGUACACUAAGGACAGAUGUGCCUGGGAACUGGAGAGAGCUGAGCUGAAAUGCAGAAUCGCACAGUUGGAGGCUCGAGGAGGUCCUGUCGUUGAGUUGGGGCUGAGAACUCAGAAUCCAGAGCCCAGGGAGAGUCCUCUACAGCGCGGGGACAGAGAGCAGCAGAGGAGGCUGCUGGUGGACACCCACACGGCCGCCAUGGACCUGCGAUGUCGGCUGGAGCUCAGCGAGAAGGGCUGGGUCCGAGAGAAGUCUGAACUGAUGGAGAGAUUCAACUCUGAGAGGAAGGAGUGGGAGAGCCAGCUGGGAGACAUGCAGAGGAAAAUAGAGGAGAUGUACAAGGAGGUGAAGGUGAGGCGUGAGGUAUCUGGGGAGAUGAGAGAACCUGUCGGAGAGAUUACAGAGGAAGUAACCCUGAACGUCAACGUACAUACCACCAGCACAGGAUCCAGCAUGCUUAGCGACAACUCGACUUCCGACCCCCAGAGCAGCAGCAGCAGCCAAUCAGAGCCCACCAACCAACGCGGCUCCUACCCCCGUUGUCACCGCAACGACGACUUCGCCGCCCACAGAACCCGGGCGGAUCACCGUGGCGACAGAGGAAACCCCCGUAACUAUGACGACUGUGUCGGUAACCAGGAAGUGGACAUGGGGGAACUGGAGGCCAUCCUGCGAGGGGUUGACAGAGACUCUCCCUCUGAAGGGGGUAGGGUUAAUGUCUGCCGCUCCUCCCACGGUGGAUCUAGUGUAGGAGUGACCCACAACACAGAGAUGAUCUCUGGGACAUGGAGUGACAAGAUGGAGAAUACUACAGCCCUCAAUGCCGCCCUGAAGGAGAUAGCCCGUGUGAGUGAAGAGCUGUGUAGCUACCAGGAUGAGAUCAGCAGGAAGUCCGGAGCGGACAAGAGGGGUCGAACCGAGUCCUCGUAUUUCUCCGAGGUGGAUCAUGUUACGACCAGAGAGAGAAUGGAGGACCCUGCCUUCAAUCUGACUCAGCUGGUAGCUGACCUCAGGGCCCUGGAAGAGGAGAACUGGCUGUCCAUCAGGAAGGACCCCGCCAGGGGCCCCAGUGUCCUCAAGGAGCCCACCAGGGGCCCCAGUCACCUCAAGGACCCCGCCAGGGGCCCCAGUCACCUCAAGGAUCCCACCAGGGGCCCCAGUCACCUUAAGAACCCCGACAGGGGCCCCAGUCACCUCAAGGAUCCCACCAGGGGCCCCAGUCACCUCAAGGACCCCACAUCCAAGCCCUCUGACAGGGAGAGAGAAGCACCUCCACUCCCCCCUCUGCUGGUUCCUCCUCCUAUCCCUCCUCGGACAACAUCAUGGUACCUCGCCAGCCCCUCCCCUGAACUACAACUACACGUCCCAGAAUCCCUCAGUGGCUCGGGCAGGAAGUGCCACAGCCCCUGUCUCCUGUUAGACAGGAAGUGCAGCAGCAGCCCGUCGAUAGUGAGGAAGUUCGAGGCGAUGCUGCAGGAGAACGAGGGGAAAGUUCUGACGGAGGCGGGGUUUACCACCUGCGCUGUUCCCGUUAACUCCCAUUGCAACGCGGGCUGUUGCCACAACCGCUGGUCCUUCGGCAGCGGCAAGUCGUCCACCUACGUGCCUGUCCAGAAGAGCCUGUCUGAAGUCAACAUAGUGAGUGCUGCUGGGAAGGACUUGAUCCACGACUACAGGCCCGUUGAGAAACCUCAAAGUCCUAGAAGCCCUGAGAGAGAGAGUCAUAUACAACCUGGAAACAAAGACCUAGCAGUUUCGCACAUCUGUCUUGACCUUACCUUAGAGUUACCCCCUCCAGGCUCCAACCCUCCAGGCUCCAACCCUCCAGGCUCCAACCCUCCAGGCUCCAACCCUCCAGGCUCCAACGCUCCAGACUCCAACCCUCCAGACUCCAACCCUCCAGGCUCCAACCCUCCAUGCUCCAACCCUCCAGACUCCAACCCUCCAGGCUCCAACCCUCCAGACUCCAACCCUCCAGGCUCCAACCCUCCAGACUCCAACCCUCCAGGCUCCAACCCUCCAGGCUCCAACCCUCCAUGCUCCAACCCUCCAGGCCACAGUAGGAAUAUGAUGCUGGAACAGGCCACUGCUGAGUUUAACAGAACUCUCUUCCAGGCUGAGAUGGGUCGAGGGACGGAGGACGAUGAGGUAGAGGACAGUUUUACAUCAGCGGGUGUCUCUAAAGGGGGCAUACCAGACGGUACGACGGUAUGUGGCGAGGUCACACGCAGGGUCACCAGGGAGACGAACUUUGACCUCCCGCCGCGGCACGCCACAGAGGUCAGACAGAAGGAGGUGAUCUGUGACAUCACAGCUCAGAAGCUGAGUUCCGGGAUCAAACUGAGCCAGGCCCUGUCCCCAUCUGACCCUCAUCCAGGGGUCACCGUCAGGACCUUUGAACCCCCUGUCACCUCUGACCUUUCACCCCAACGCCCAGAAGUUGCGUUGAGGAACAUGCCUUCUAACCCGGCAACACGUUGCCCUGUGGUCAAACACAAAGCUGGACCCCCCAACAGCCUAUCUAAGCCCACACUGCACAGGUCCAUCUCUAGUGAAUACAAGCAGCCUGCCCAGACUACACGCACGGCUCCAGGACCAGAGGUGAGUGCCAGUCCUAAGAGGGACAUCAAGGCCCAAGGAGCGAGGCCUCAUUCCGUUAAGUCAUGCCCAGCUCCCCAGCCUCCUACAAACCUCAGGCCGAGGCAGGUUGGGCAACCUGGGUGUCGCUCAACCACAACGCAGGACAUCCUUAAAGCUGGAUCUGUUGGGUCAGGACUCCGUGUGCCUGGGGGGUCAGGACUCCGUGUGCCUGGGGGGUCAGGACUCCGUGGUGUAAUGAGCGACCAGCCCUGGAAGCCCCUGACCCUGGCUGCAUUACGUCCGUCUGACUCCAGGUCUAAUUACGGAGCUGUGGAGAAGAUCCUAAAGAGCUACGAGAACACUGCCUGGAGCCAGCGGUACCAGAACCAUACCCAACCCACUGAGUCCAGCCCUAACCCUGGACCCAGCCCUAACCCUGGACCCAGCCCUAACCCUGGUCUCAGCCCCAGCCCUAACCCUGGACCCAGCCCUAACCCUGGACUCAGCCCCAGCCCUAACUCUGGACCCAGCCCCAGCCCUAACCCUGGACCCAGCCCCAGCCCUAACCCUGGACCCAGCCCUAACCCUGGACCCAGCCCCAGCCCUAACCCUGGACCCAGCCCUAACCCUGGACCCAGCACUAACCCUGGUCUCAGCCCCAGCCCUAACCCUGGACUCAGCCCCAGCCCUAACCCUGGCCCCAGCCCUAACCCUGGACCCAGCACUAACCCUGGUCUCAGCCCCAGCCCUAACCCUGGACCCAGCCCCAGCCCUAACCCUGGACCCAGCCCUAACCCUGGUCUCAGCCCUAACCCUGGUCUCAGCCCCAGCCCUAACCCUGGACUCAGCCCCAGCCCUAACCCUGGUCCCAGCCCCAGCCCUAACCCUGGACCCAGCCCCAGCCCUAACCCUGGACCCAGCCCUAACCCUGGACCCAGCCCCAGCCCUAACCCUGGACCCAGCCCUAACCCUGGUCUCAGCCCUAACCCUGGUCUCAGCCCCAGCCCUAACCCUGGUCCCAGCCCCAGCCCUAACCCUGGUCUCAGCCUCAGCCAGGAAGAGGAACUCAUGGAUCUUCUGGAGGAGAUGAUGGAUAAGGAUUACUGGGAUCAGUCAGGCCCUGCCUCUGGACACUCCUCACACACACACUCUCACCACAGCCAGCUGACCAGCUCCCCCAGAGAGACAAGGCUAGCCAUGCAGGUGGGUACAGCGUUAAAACGCAGACGCAUGAAUACACACACACACACACACACACACUCUCACCACAGCCAGCUGACCAGCUCCCCCAGAGAGACAAGGCUAGCCAUGCAGGUGGGUACAGCGUUAAAACGCAAACGCAUGAAUACACACACACACUCUCACCACAGCCAGCUGACCAGCUCCCCCAGAGAGACAAGGCUAGCCAUGCAGGAGUGUAAAGUAUCUUCCAGCUCCUCAUCAGACCAGAAGAAUUUCUCUCGUCCGGCCUGUCCAGCCAACCGCCGUCCCCCGUCACGCUGGGCUAGUUGUUCCCCCUCCACCUCUUCCUCCUCCACCUCCUCCUCCUCCUCCACCCCUAUAAACCAGCCCUCUUCCGGCUCCGCCCAUAAACACACCUCAUUCUCCUACUCAGCCUAUCACACGGAGACAGUCAUCAUCUGACCCCUUAGCUGACCCUGUGUCUGAACCAAUAAGAUGCCUUUCGUUACUAUACGUACUCUGACAUUUCUUUUCUCAAUUCAUCCUUCCUUGAUUCCUUCACAUCGAAGGUCCGAGUCGGGUGGGGGGGACCUUCUCCUCCUCCAAUAUGGUUGUGAAGAACGUGAUGAUGAACUGAGACAGAACCCGACUCAAACCUGCCUUUUCCUCCAUCACCUCUAUACGUACCAAGACUGUUACUUUUCUAUAACCAACCAGACGAUCCAAGAGCUUCAGCUGUGGACCAACGUCGAGUUCGUUCACCGAUCAUCUUCAGAAUGUAAUCUCACCGACUAGUGGAGGAGACGUUUCAUGUAUUCUACUAUAGCAACUCCAGGAUCCCCAAUGCUGACUGUACCUCUGUGGCUUAAAGUGUAUCCCAAAUGGCACCCUAUUCCCUAUAUAGUGCGCACUAUUUUAGACCAGAGCCCAUAGUGCCAUGGGGUGCUUUUUGGUCAAAAGUAGUGCACUAAAUAGGGAAUAGGGAGCCAUUUAGGAGGCUAAUAUAUUCAACGCCAUUCAUUUCACGUACUCUUUUUAACUUGACAUGUUGCAUAAUAAUUACAGUAUUACAGAAUAAAUGUUUGUUAUUCUUGGAUUCCAUAAAACGGGCCUGUUUCUUCAUAUUUACCAAAGGUGUCGUCUAGAACUUCUCUUCAAAAAAAAAAAAAAAAAAAGGACUGACGAGUUUCUAUGCUUUUAUUUGAUUGGACAUCGCAGGCUGUUGUCGGGCAGGAUAGCUGACAAGCUCCUUGUGUGUUAGCGCUUCCUGUUUGUUGGGGAGGGGGGGGGGGCUGCUUAAAGGGGCAAUCUGCAGUUCAUACAAAAAAAAACACUUUACUAAUAGCAGAAUGACCCCUUUUUUUUUAAAUAUGUUUUUUAAUUUGAUUUUUAACAUGAUGAAAUGGACAACAAACCCUUUCUACUGGUGGUCUCUGUAACCGAUGGUUACCUAUCAGGCCCUAUGGACUGGUACGACAGUCUGUUGAAUCGAUGUGGUGGUGACCUCGUGACACGUGGUCUAUAUCAUGAACGUGAUGCCUUUGCUGUUUUUAAUUUGUGUAAUAAAUGUAGCUACAUAUUUACUGUCUA